AUGGUAAAUAUUGUCGAGAAACAAAACAGAUUGAGCCUCAUUAGUUUAUCUCUCGUGAGUAUACGUUACAAAAGUUGGGACUUUCUCUAUAGAAUACUACAUGGUUCUAUAUUCGAUUAUAUAAUAGGGCCAAGAAAGGAGCUGCUAUUAUAUUUUAAGUGCGUCUAUGAUAGCACAUUUUUCAAUGGCAAGAACUAUUUCAGCAAUCUUUUUACGGAUACAGCUACAUCGUUUAGAUUAUUGACAUUUCUAAAUGAGCAUGAUCUAAAGAGUAUACCACCAUUACCUCUUGACAAAUGUCAAGGAUUAGACUCGUAUUCGACUCUUUACGAUGGUUACAUAGUACAAUCGUCUCAUGAAAGUCAAGGUUUGUAUGAUGGAUCAGGUAAAGAUGGAAAUGAUUACACGAUGAAAAUGCAGAUUAUGAAGAACGUAUUAGAAAUGCAGAUUAAUGAGAUGGAUGAUGAGAUAAAAAGAAUUAAGCUGCGAAGGAACGUGGUUGCAAAGAAAUUAGAUGUAAUAAUAAGUAGAAUUGUCGACCAUAAAGAGAAUAAAAGCAAAACUGAUGGUUCUACGGAAGAUGAAGUGCAUAUAGGCAACACAUCAUCUGUCCUGAAACAAACGAACCAUGAGCAUACUAUCAUAACUAGUGAAAACAAUACUGAUGAUAAGGUAUCUCUGCUUACUUUAGAACCUGAUAACGCACAAAUUGGUAAUAAGCUUCAGAGAUAUUUUGAAGCAAUGAAACUCAAAAAGAAAUCAAGUGGCUUUGAUAUCGAGGACUUUGAGAAUAUCAUCGGUACAAAAGGCCAAUUAGGUAAAACAUUAAAGUGCCAUGAUGAUUACAUCAAUUCUCUUGCUAUUAAUGCACAACUAGGUGUUCUCUCAAGCACUGCAAAUUUGGAUAACGAGAUUAAGCUUUGGGACAUAUCAACAACUCAAUGUUUAGGAGUAUUAUCCGGUCAUCGAGCUACAGUCAAUACAACUAGAUUCAUUGAUGAUACUAGAUUGUUGGCUAGUGCAGGAAAGGAUGCUUCGGUAAAAGUUUGGGAUGUAGAUAACAUUGUAGACAAAGAUGGUAAUGCAAAUGACAAUUUAUGUCUAGCAACAUUCGAUGGGCACAAAGAUUCUGUAACAGCAUUGGCAACUACAGGCAACGCUAUAGUUAGUGGAUCAAACGACAAGACUUUAAGACAUUGGGAUCUGGGCUCUGGUAAAUGUAUUCAAUCUAUCGAUUUGACAAUAGCACUAAAAAUGGUUCCUCAAUCUGUAUCAAAACUAGACAUAACACCUUCCUUUAACACGCCUUUGAUAGGUGGUGCUGAUUGUAUUGAUAAUGCCUUAGUGACCGGAACUAAGGAUGGGAUUGUUUACUUAUGGGACUUGAGAAUUGGCAGAGUAGUUGGAAGCUUAGAGGGCCAUAGAGGUCCUAUAACAUCCCUAAAAUAUAUGGGGAGUGAAUUAAUAACUGGCUCUAUGGAUAAAUCAACUAGAAUAUGGGAUCUACGUAUGGGAUCCGUUGCAGAGUUGCUUUCAUUUGAAAAGGAAGUAGUGUCUGUGGAAGAAUCCCAAACUCAGUUAAUAAAUGCUCUAGAAGGCGAACCUGUAAAAAUUUAUGACAGGGGUGAGAGACAGUACAAUAGUUUACCGGACUCUUUUAACACCACUACAUUGGUUGUAUAUGAAAGCUUACUUGCUCUAGGAAAUGAUCAUGGUGAUAUAACAUGGUGGUCAUUGUAA